AUGCGCUCCUUUAUGUCUAGUCGUAGCAGUGUGGAUGAUCGCCGAUCGGACAUCUCGGGAGGAUCUAGUGCUUCAACUUUUAUUAGAGAUUCAACUCUCAUAAACUCUACUGGCAGCAGAUCGAGUGCCUUUCCACUUCGCAAGUUUACUGCCGGUGUUGGGAGACCGGGACUUGCGCGAGAGGCAAGAGAGGCCGUUCGAUGUGUAGUUUCUGCUCAUAGUGCAUCGCGGCGAGUCAUUCCCGUUGAACCUUUGGAUUACGAAAAAUUCGUGGUCGAAAAGGCGAUAUUUCUGGAGAAUGAUCCUCAACGGGAACUGCUCAUGUUUCCUAGAGAUGAUGUGGAGGAACUAGUAGAGGUCGCGGAAGCUCAGACUGUCGUUCCAAUGACUAAUCACAAGGAUAUGGUUGAUACUGCUUGGCUUCUGACUCGAGAUGUCUUGAAAAGUUUCACUUCCCCGAAGCGCAGCAUUUCCUUCAAUUAUACGAAAUUUGCCGGCGACUACGACUGCUUCGGUGACGAUUUGGUCGGUAUUGAAAGUUAUUCUUCUGAAACCCUUCACAUAUUCGCUUCGCCUUCCUGUGGCGAUGCGGUAGUCAUUUUGUUCGGAAGUGGCAAGUAA